AUGGGCUUUGCUGGUGUUGCAGAGAGCCAGAAGGAGUUGCUGUCUGCUAGCUACCGUAAACACGUCCGGCCAAAACCAAAAGAAUCAAACAGUGAUAUCCCUCAGAUUUUUACAAAUUAUUAUCGAGGAUAUAAAAAGCGUUCCUUUGACCCCCCUAGUAAACAUUCCCUGACCUCCUGGCUAUCCACUGACGCCCUGGAUGGUCCCAUCGACCACUUUGAGAACUAUUGGUUUAAGGAGUACUAUAGGCUGCUACGAUUUCCUGUAUAUUGGUUUAUUGACUCUCUUGUUUUCGAGAUGUUUGUUAGCAACGAUGGCGAGGCAGUUAAAGUUGGUGUCAGCUGGCACAUCAGCCGCGUGCACGAAGUCAAUAUCAACGCCAUGACCAUGAAGCUCUCCCUCCGGCCGACCAUCACUUGGCACGACCCGAGAAUCAACUUCACCGGCGACGACCUGAAGCCCGACGACCCGAACGAGCUGGUGCCCCUCAGUCUGGAAUUCCUCCUCCACACCUGGAAGCCCGACCUUUUCUUCCUGGACACGCAGGACGUUAAGAAGUUCAGGAUGAUAGACGAGGUGGCUGGACUCUGGGUCACGAGCAAUCGCACCUUCUACCUGGCGUUUCAAGUGUUGUUGAUAAUCGAUUGUCCGAUGAAGUUUCAUUCGUAUCCCUUUGACGUCCAGAUCUGCUCCAUUACGAUGACAUCUUUCGAAUACGACGCAGAGGAACUGGAGAUAUUCUGGCUGCCCCAAAAAGUCACCUACUCGCGCCAUCUAUCGGAGCAGCUGCCAGACUACGAGCUCAAAGUGUUGCCAGAAAGCUUGACUGAACAUCAUUGGUGCCAAGACUGCAUCGUCGAGCCUUCGUCAGCAGCGCAGAACAGCAUCAAGUUAUCUCGCAGAUACCAUGGGCAUCUCUUCACCUUGUUCUUACCCUCUGUCUUAAUCGUGGCUGUGUCUUGGGCUUCGUUCUUCUGGCCAUCGAAAGUCAUACCCGCUCGAACAGGCUUGGCUGUCACGUCUCUUCUGACUACUGUGUCUAUGUAUGCCUCUGCCAGGUCAUCCAGUCCCAACACAGAUUACGUAAAGGCGGUUGAUGUUUGGUUCUUUGCUUGUAUAUUCAUCAAUGUUCUCGUUCUGUUCCAGUUCGGGACCGUGAUUACGUUGAAGCUAUACCAAGAGGCGGCAGACAGUGAUUCUGUCACUCCAAUAUCUUCAAAAACCCCGGCGGAGAAAUACGGGCGUUGGGAGCGCCAGGUUGAGUUCGCGUCGAAGGUCGGUCUGCCAAUUGCCUUCCUCGUGUUCAACCUCGUCUUCUGGGUCGCCGCCACCACAAUCAGAAAUACACAAAACACAAAAGAUAUAAGUUACAGAUAUACCAUAUGGGUGGUGAAGCUUUCCAAACUAUUUAAAUCCCUAUAG